AUGCCUAUAGCAUCCGAGGAUAUUGCUCUCAGACUGACAACAUCACGGGACGAACAUUUUUGCACUGAUGGCCAAUGGACUUGGACAAUUUCGGAUGAAGGAUGCAAUUACUUGCCUGGCAGAUGGCUGGUUCUUGAUAAGAUUACUGAUACUUGUCGUAUUUUUGCUUAUGCGAAUGACGACUGCACAGGAGCUGAAUCACAAAUCACAAAAACGAAAGUUUGCCUUGGAACCAAAAAGGCUUUCAGUAUCAGAGCGUGGAGUGAUUUGCAGAUCGAGAGCUCCGAAGCAGUAGGAUUCCAAUUUAGAACAUUGCGUGUUGGAGAAGAAUACAUAGGUGGCGCGAACGGUGAUCAUUUGAGUAGGCAGGGUCUUGGUCUUUGGAAUUAG